GGGCAGCAAGAGAGACGGACCUCUCUGGUCUGACUGACUCUCUGCCUCCGUCUCUGCUGUCCUGGGGGGGGAGGCGGCGGCGGGCGGAGAGCGGAGAGCGCUGUGUGCUGACCCGCACGUCCGAGGCGAGUCCCGGGGGCUGGGAUCCAGUCUCGUCUGAUCGACGACCUUUUUUUUAUAUUGAUAUUUUGUGUGGCCUGCGACCUGCAUCCGAGCACAGAGGAGUGACACACAAAAAAAAGUUUGAAGGAUUGUAGUAGCACUUUGAAGAAUAUGGUACAAGUCAUUUUCAAUAGAUAUUUGUAACCUCAUCUUGGAGGGAAACUCAACUUGUUUCGGCACUUAAGAAAAACGUGUUACCAGGAAAACAUGGGAUUUACUGGUAGAAAAUCUACUAAAGGACCGGUUUGUUGGCGGAAGCGGGUUAAGUCUGAAUAUAUGCGCCUUCGACAGCUGAAGCGUUUUAGACGAGCAGAUGAAGUGAAGAGUAGGUUUAGUGCAAAUCGGCAAAAGAUCAAGGAGAAAACUGAAAUUUUGAACCAGGAUUGGAAGCAGCAUCGGAUACAGCCUGUUCACAUCAUGACCUCAGUGAGCACAAUGCGGGGUACCAGAGAGUGUACAGUGGAGAGUGGAUUCCCUGAAUUUUCAAAGCAAAUCAUCCCCCUGAAGACACUGAAUGCAGUUGCCUCAAUUCCAGUUAUGUAUUCCUGGUCUCCACUUCAGCAGAAUUUCAUGGUUGAAGAUGAGACUGUUCUCCAUAACAUUCCUUAUAUGGGUGAUGAAAUCUUGGAUCAAGAUGGGACUUUCAUUGAGGAACUUAUUAAAAAUUACGAUGGAAAGGUGCAUGGAGACCGAGAAUGCGGCUUUAUCAAUGAUGAGAUCUUUGUAGAGCUGGUUAAUGCUCUGACUCAGUACAGUGAUAAUGAUGAAGAGGAUGAAGAUGAUGAUGAAGAUCAGGAGAAUAAAUCUGAGAAGACUGAUGGGAGUGACAUCAAAGAAGAAAGCAAUGAAGCAAGAAAAGACUAUCAGGAUAUCAGUAUGGAUGGUAAAGAGAGUGAAGAAGGGAAAAAAAUGCCCUGUGACAAGAUCUUUGAAGCAAUUUCAUCUAUGUUCCCAGAUAAAGGUACACCAGAGGAGCUGAAAGAAAAGUAUAAAGAGCUGACAGAACAACAACUUCCCGGAGCACUUCCUCCAGAAUGCACACCAAACAUUGAUGGACCAAAUGCUAAAUCUGUUCAAAGAGAACAAAGCUUGCAUUCUUUCCACACGCUCUUCUGCAGACGUUGCUUCAAAUAUGAUUGUUUCUUACAUCCUUUCCAUGCUACUCCAAAUACAUACAAACGUAAGAAUCCGGAGACCAGAGCAGAAACAGAACACUGUGGAUCAGAUUGCUGUUUAUAUCUGGAUGGAGCAAAGGACUUUGCUGUUGCCUUGACAGCUGAGCGAAUAAAAACACCACCAAAGCGCCCAGGAGGCCGAAGAAGAGGUCGUCACCCGAACAGCACAAGUCGACCCAGUACACCAACAAUAAACCUAUCUGAGGCUAAAGAUACAGAUAGUGACAGAGAGGCUGGGACAGAUACUGGAGGGGAGAUAAAUGACAAAGAUGAAGAGGACAAGAAGGAUGAUACCACCAGCUCAUCUGAGGCAAACUCCAGAUGUCAAACCCCUGUUAAGAUGAAACUGACUGCAGAUCUCUCUGAUGUGGAGUGGAGUGGAGCUGAAGCCUCACUCUUUAGAGUUCUACAUGGCACUUACUACAAUAACUUCUGUGCCAUUGCCAAGUUGUUAGGAACCAAAACAUGUAGACAGGUGUAUGAGUUUGCUGUGAAGGAGUCUAAUAUCAUUGCCCGUGUCCCUGCAGAGGAUGCCGAUACACCACCAAGGAAGAAGAAGCGAAAGCACAGAUUGUGGGCUGCACAUUGCAGAAAGAUACAAUUAAAAAAAGAUGGUUCAUCAAAUCAUGUUUACAACUACCAGCCUUGUGACCACCCACGUCAGCCCUGUGACAGCUCUUGUCCUUGUGUCAUGGCUCAAAAUUUCUGUGAAAAGUUCUGUCAGUGCAGCUCUGAGUGUCAGAACAGAUUUCCUGGCUGCCGUUGCAAGGCUCAGUGCAAUACCAAGCAGUGCCCUUGCUAUCUUGCGGUGCGUGAAUGUGAUCCAGACCUAUGCCAAACCUGUGGAGCCGCUGACCACUGGGACAGUAAGAACGUCUCCUGUAAAAACUGCAGCAUUCAGAGAGGGUCCAAAAAGCACUUAUUGCUGGCACCCUCUGAUGUGGCUGGAUGGGGGAUUUUCAUCAAAGAACCAGUGCAGAAAAACGAAUUCAUCUCUGAGUACUGUGGAGAGAUCAUAUCUCAGGAUGAGGCUGACCGCCGAGGCAAGGUGUAUGACAAGUACAUGUGCAGUUUCCUCUUCAACUUGAAUAAUGACUUUGUGGUUGAUGCAACACGCAAGGGUAACAAAAUACGUUUUGCAAAUCAUUCAGUCAAUCCUAAUUGUUAUGCCAAAGUAAUGAUGGUUAAUGGAGACCACCGAAUAGGCAUUUUUGCUAAAAGAGCAAUCCAGACUGGAGAAGAGUUAUUCUUUGACUACAGGUAUAGCCAAGCUGAUGCCCUGAAAUAUGUUGGUAUAGAAAGAGAAAUGGAAAUCCCAUGAAUUUCAAACUGCCUCAGAUGAAAGCCAAUGGCAGCUGGUUUUGUAUUUCAGGAUUUCUAUGUACUGUAUGGAGAAACGUAUAUUUGAAGCAAUGCUGUUUUUUAAAAACAAUACUGUGACAAUAAUUUAUAAUAUAACAAAUUCCAAUGACCUUUGUAACAUUUUUAAAAGCUGCCAGGUUUUUUUAUAUUGUGCAUUGGCUAUACACUAGUGUGGUGAUCUGUCAGUGGAAAUAUAACAAAUAAAACUUGAAUUUUAAAAUG